AUGACUGAUCGUCGAUUAUCUCAUUUGAAUGCAGCUUUUGCUGAACUUCGUUCUCAUAUACCAAGAUUUCCAUAUGAAAAACGUCUCUCAAAAAUUGAUACACUUCGAUUGGCUCUUGCUUAUAUUGAAUUUCUGGAUGGUCUUGCACACACAAAUUUAACGGUACAUGAAUAUAUUGCACAUUCUCCCAAAUGGACUCAUUCUGAACUGGCUCUUCGCCUACGUUGGCUCGAUUGGAACUAUUUUCAUCCUCACUAA